AUGAUCGACGACGCCGACGCAUUUUUGCCGCCGACUCAAGAGAGCAUUUGGAAGGUUACGCGGCAGUUAAAGAAGGAGCAAAGUUCGCUGUACAAUUGCGUUGCAUCAAUUUUAUCGGAUGCUGCCUUUGUAUCGGAAGUCAGGGCACUGUACCCGUCGUUGCCUCUAUUGGCGAACUUGCGUUGCGGUUUAUGGUAUACCCGUCAAGCCGAUGGUACUUGCUACUAUAAGUCUACAGAUGGCCACAACGGCAACUGGUCUUUCUCCUGCACGAGGAUCAACUGGCACGUAUGCGAGUUGGCCGCUAAGCACGGCGGCGUCAUUAUUGUGGAUGCGACGCGCAAAGGGAAGCGCUUUCCGGACGCCAUGACCAAGACAAUACCCAUAUGGGCCGCAGUGGUCAACCGUGCUGCUUGGCCACGACAGUGGCAGCUGCAGCGCAGGGAUGCUGGCAACGGUGUUGGCCAUGGUGACGGCGAUGGCGUUGGCGAUGGCUGGGACGUGGGGUUGCAUCUGCCGUUGUGGAUAUCGUCCAAUGAGCGGGCGCAAAUUGAGCGGCGGUUGGACGGUUGGGUGGAUGCGUUGCUGCGUGUCGGAGCAGAUGUGGAAGGGCUAGCCAAGGUCCUCCGCAAGCCGCUGCGGCCGCUAUGGAUCAGCCAGUCCUCGACCAUCUGGGUCGACCAAGUGGCACAACCCGACCAGCUCCCCUUCACGCCGCUGUACCUGGUCUCCGCCUCGCAGCCACACUCGUACCUGCGUCAGCAGCAGCAGCCACACGCUUGGACGUAUGUUUAUGUGCCAGGCGCCGGUGACGAUGAAGAGAGUUGGGCGGCGGGUUUGGCACCCGCAGUGUUUUGGGCACAUUACACGGAACUGCUGCAGGCGGGCCCGACGGGCGUGUACAACGCCGUACAUCAGAUACUACGACGGGAGGCAGCGGCUCUAGCGGAGCAUGGUGCAAACAGCACCAUCCUCGCCGCC